GCGCGUCUUGUCCGCCGUAAAAUAUCUCCGUGUGCGCCCAAACCGGAAACGUGUGAUUCAAUAUCAUCAUCUUGCUUUUAAUCAACUUUUGGAUAAGAGAGUCAUAUUUAAAAGACAUGGCGGCGUCGAAUUAUUCUUUGAAGGUCAACAGAGACCUGCUGGACCCCAGCUUUGAAAGUUACAGGUUAUCUCUGGACGCCAUACCAACGUACAACGUUGAGCUUGAUGCUGCUGUGGAGGAAGUUAAAUUGAAGGAUACUCAGUACACCCUGGAACAUAUGCGUGCUUUUGGCAUGUACAAUUACCUCCACUUAGAUCCCUGGUAUGAAGACAGUGUUUUCUUUGUGGACUGCAAAGGAAGGGUUCUCAUUCUCACUGUCACCCUGGACACCGCCCUGGGUAAGCCGAGAGAGGUCUACCGCAUAAUCGCCGACCCCGCCCAGUGCGAGGAUCGUCUUUGUGCGUCCCUCAGCCUCACCUCCGCCACCUGGGCGGCUCUCUCUGACGGCGCCGGCCGACUGUACCUUCUCCGCACCGGCAAGAGAGGAGACAGCACCCAUAUGAAGUGGGAACCUCUGUUCAGUGAAGACAUGGGGGAGCCUUUCACCAUCCUCCACAGUGUCUCACAUGUCCAGGACGGAGUCCACACCAUGGAGGUCCUGCUGCUCCGCAUCCAGAAAGACCCGCAGGAAACCAAAGGAAGCGGAUACUCGGUGUCUCUUGAGUGGAUCACGGUCGCCAACGCUGCAGGACACGGUCAGGAGAAGAAGUAUGAGGUGAAGAAGAGGAGGCUCCUCAGGGGAAAGACGGUGCCUCACUAUGCAGCAGUGGAGCCACAGGGGAAGGGGCUGAUGGUGGCGUCGGAGAAACCAUUUGUCUUCACGCAUGUGGAUGGCGGCCCAGUGGAGCAGCGUGACCCGGAGCCCAUGGAGGUGGAGAAGACAGAUCCCAUUUACUUCUGGCAGCAGACAGCGGAGGACGUCACGGUGUGCGUGCGCCUGCCCGAGGGCGUCUCCAAAGAGGAGGUGCAGUUCAGGGUGACGCCAGACGACAUCAGCGUCGGAGUUCAGGGUUUCCCUCCUUUACUGGAAGGCCGGCUGUAUGCGUCUGUAGACCCCGAGGCCAGCACCUGGAUCAUCAGAGAUGACAAAAGCCUGGAGGUGACCCUGCAGAAGCGCAGCGAGGGGCCGACGUGGCCGGAGGUGGUGAUGGGCGACACGAGGGGGGAGUACGUGAUGAGCGAGGAACAAGCUGCCGUCAUCCACGAGAGGCUGACACACCUCACCUCUGAAGACCUGAAUGGAAACCCUGACAAAGACAAGCCCCCUUGUAACUCUCAGGAGCUGGAGGACUGUGAUGGGUUCCCAGAAGACAGCUUCAGCCUCACGCACUUUGACGGAGAAUCGCUGAAACCCACUCAGGUGGUGAAUCUGGGCAGCCAUCAGUACCUGUUCACAGUUGACGUGAACCCAUCUGACAUGCCGUGCCUCUGCCUCAGACAUGACGUGGACGCUCUGGUGUGGCAGCCUCGUCCCGACCAACCCAGUAACAUGUGGGAGCACAUUGGCACUUUCAACGCCUUGGGCUACGUCCAGGCUUCCAAGCGGGAUAAAAAGUUUGCCACCUGCGCUCCAAACUUCUCCUACGCUUCCCUGUGCGAGUGUCUCCGCCGCUCGUUCAUCUACCGACAGCCGUCGCCCGUGGAGACUGUCCUCUUCAACAGGAAGCAGGGCCGUCAGGUAGGGCAGGUUGCCAAGCAACAGGUGGCCAGCCUGGACUCCGACAAACCGAUCCUGGGCUUCAGAGCGAGCAAUGAGAGGCUGUACAUCUUGACCUCCAGUAACCUCUUUGUUCUAAAGGUCAAUAAUAAUUAGAUUAGGGACUCUGUCAGUGUUAGAUUUUCUCUUUACCCCCCUCAGAGCGCCAUCAUUCCAAACUGGUUUGUUAUCUGCUGGAAACAAAAACGUCUCUUUGUACGCAUGUGUGGUUCAGCAGUCUCGUCAUGUUUCACAUUGAGAAAUGUCUUUAAGAUCAUAAAGUAAGGACCCGUGUUGUUCUGAAAGACAAAUCCCACCAAUAAACAUUCUGUAGAGCUGAAGUUUUCCAGGAUAUUCAUUAAGAAAAUGAUUUGAAUAAUCAAAUCACACACUGUUGUUGUGAAAUGAAUCACAUUUGAUGAUACCGAAUGUUUCGUAAAUAUGCAAAUUCGUGAAUACAAUCGUAUAAGUUCCUCCCAGUGAAUGAGUGACUUGCUGAAGGCUGGCCGUGUUGCACUGAUGGCUGGCUGUAGUAUUUUGUCAGAUGGUCAGUGGGGAGGAGGACGCUGAGGAAAUCCCUCUCCUUGGCUCAUUUUACAACCAUCACUGUGGAAGUAUGAAAGAAGCGAAUGUUCAUUUCCAUAAAUUUCCAUAAACACGUUUCACACA